GUUUGUAAACACGACCUAGCUGAGCAAGUGCUUAGUGCAACGUUGACAAUUAUUUUGUUUUUUGUCGGUUUCCACUAUAUGGGCUACUAUUACAAUCAUGGUGACGACGUUAAAUGACAUUGCUCCAGACAACAAUCCACAAUCCAGGCGUUCACAGGGGCCACAACAGCCUAGAAUGGGAACUGUGCGCCAUGAUGACCAUCGUCAGGGGGAAGGUGAAAAUCAGCAGGAAGGCAUGAUGGGACAGAUUUCAAUAUUUGAUACAUUAAAUCAAAAGCUUUUGGAUGGUGGAUUUCCAAGAUGGAAUGCAGGGCCGUAUGUGGUGGAACCAAUUGUUAGCGUUGGAUUCAUUCUCGCUGGGUUACUCGCAGGAAUUCGUGGAAUCAUAUUUGCAGGAGUGCUUUUUAUUGUAUGCAAAUACAGCGUAGGUGAGGGACUUGGAAGAUGGUGGACUUCCCUUGGAGGAGGAGGAACUGGAGGUGGAAGAACUGUUGGUGGGCCUGGUGUAGGAGGAGGAAGAAGAAUCUUACGACCAAGAUAAUAAAAUAAUGCGAUCAUGUCAAAGUUUAAGCAGUUUCUUAUUACAUACAAUUCGGUAUAUUAUUGUAAUAGAGGGUUCCUAUUUGAAUAAUGAUAUUUAUAUGGCACCAAUUGCAAUCAAGAUCAGAUGUAAAACAGAUCAGAGAUGCCACAGGAAAAGAAAUGGACCUUAAAGCUGUGACUUAAAGAAAGGUAGAAGCUGGUUGUAAAGGCAAGCAGAAUAGGUAUUUUGGCAUUAGAUUUACAUAUUGACUUUAUGAUAUGAAAAUACAGUACUGUAAAUGAGAAUAACUUCACAAUAGCUUGUGGUAAAUCUCUAAAGAAAUACAAUAAACGCAACAUAAAGCUAAUAAAACUGGCUUUAUUCAAUAUUUUUAUAACAACUAUUUACUUUCAUACAGUAAAUUAUAUCUAUUUUUUGCUUUAAAAUUGUUAAAUUAUCUGUCACAAGAAAACAUAGGCAGAAUCAAGUGUGUUAUAUAAAGGCCAAAUCAGACAGCAUUUUACGAUGCAGCCCAAUGCAAUACGUUGUCGCAUCGGAUCUGUGUGUGUUGACACAUAUUUCGAUUGGUCUGUGUUGAGGGGCCA